UCAAUUCUGUCAUUCUUCGCUUACGUCAACAACCCGCAACCCGGUGCAGAAUCACAUUUGACAUUAGUGUUCCAUUUAAAAUAAUUAAUUCCUGCAGCCGUAAAACUUUUAUUUAUUGCCAAGACCACGAAUUGAAAGCUCAGUGUUUCAUUACUUCUCGAGUGCAACAAAAGUUUACACGUGCAGUUUGUUCGUCCACAAUUUCACACAGUAAAAAGUUGGGUUGACCAAGUGAUCGGAAAAAUAUAAGGAAAAUGGAAAUUGUCAAGAGAAUCCAGCAAUUCAUCAGCUACUGGUACGUUCGGUACCUUUUGGUAACUGAACUGUACAUGGUCGAAACCUGGGAGAAGGUUAUAGUGCACAUCCUGUUCGCCAUAAUCUUCGGUCUAUUCUGGUACUUCAACUACUCCAUCAUCAUGAGUGGCAUCUCUCAACUCCGCAGCUCAACUUCACAUGACGUGGAACAAGUUUUAUGAGCAGCCAUCAACUAUAGUUACGAACUCAAGUUAUUGCUAAAUUAUUAUCUUAAUAAUAUGAUGCUGUAGGAUUAAUUUAAUUAUAUUGUAACCUUUAUUUUAACAUUUUUAUAGAAGACACUGUAAAAUAAUGGUAUCUGUAUUUAAAAAAAAAGGUAAAACCUCCCAUGUAGCAAUUGAAAGAGAACAAAAAUAUAUGGCAAUGAUGUUAUAAGAUUACUAUAUUUUUAUACAAAAAAAAAUUUGAGUAUUACUUCUCGCAACUGGAUAAAAAAUAGCCUUUAUGUACUUCUGAUGUGAGCUUUAUCACAGCCAGUUUCAUUGAUGUCAGUUUACCUGUUUGCGGGUGAAGGAAUAAAUAAAACAUACAAUUUUCCGCCUAAAAAAUAUCAAAAUAGUGUGAUUAAUGGUGGGCUCUUUAUCUUUAGUAGAAGUGAUUUUUAACUUUAUUGUAAGAGGCAAAGGUUCACAUACAUAAAAAAAAUUGUAUUACUGGAGUCUCACAAUUGUCAUUGCACCAAGUGACCUCUGGACCUGAAAGCUUAUUUGCACACAAAAAGAAGCUUCAGUCUACCGGUAUUUUACCAUUUAAAAUGGAACACUAAAAAAAUAUUUACUAAUGCUGAAAAUAUUUAAAUUUAAUAUUGUUUAUUAGAUCUAUAGCUAUAGUAUAUCGAUAGCUAUAUAAUUAAUCAUUCAUAUAAUUCAUAGUUAUAGUUAAAAUUAUGAAUUGUAUAAUACCCAGGCACCAACUAUUUUGUUUACAAAUAAAAACACUUGUUAUUUUCGUGAUACCUACCUAAACAGACCUUUUUUAUAUAUAGGUACAUAGUAUUCAAAAUGAUAAAGUAUGCACAUAAUCUAAUGUAAGUUAUUUAAAUGCAUCUAAUUUUCAUUCCAUGUUUAUAAUUGUUACCAAAAUAAAUAAUUUUAAUUUAUUCUCUAA